GUUUCGCAGUUGUCAGUCAAAACGCUUUGUCAGGCCGGCGAGCACAUCAAUAAGCGGCAAAAAAUACGUUUCAAUCGCAAAUUUUAUUUCUCGAUUUUUCCCGCACGCGGCCCCUGUCCCCGCCCUCACAAUCCUCUCGGCCCCUCAAGCUCCCGCCUCAGUGCGUGCGGAUCCAACAAAAUAUUUGCAUGUAAAAGAAUUUUCCAACCCCCGAGCUGCAGCAGAAGAGAGCGGAGGCCAGACACUGACAAGGGAAAGCGCUGCCAUGUCUGAGCGCGACUACAAUGGCGAGCCCGGCUGCCGCACUCUCGCGGAGCUGAGCAAAUCCUUUCGGCACUACUGGGACCCCACUGCCUACUGGCAGUGCUCCAAGGAGCAGGCGCAGGCGGCACAGCUGAAGCGCUGCCCCGCCAACGAGCUCUACUAUGACAAGGCGCAGCGGUGUGUGGCAUGGAAGGAUUGGCAGUGGACGGAGCCGCAGGAGCCGCCCACAAAGCCACGCAAAUAAAACAUGGCGCAUGUAUUGAAACAAAUUGUCGAAAAUAUAAUUAAAAAGCGCUUUCCGCGA